GUCUAUACUGCUAUUACUACACACUUUCAAACCUUUGCCAAAUUUCAAAAAGUCACGUAUCCUUUUUGAAAUACAUAAAAGGGGCAACUUAAACAACUAACGCAACUCCAUGUUGCUUUUUAUCGGAAAUGAUUGGCCAGCUCUCAUGUUGAGCACGAAACGUCAAUGCAUGCUAUAACUAGCAUUAACCUAUAAGAUGCUUAGUCUUUAAGACUUUAUAGAUAUAUGAAUAUGAUUAGUAUGAAGUCAAGGUCGGCCAAACUCGGCAAAAUACCAUUACUAAAUUGUACAAAAUUUUCCUAUAAGAAGCUAUUCCCUCCUGAAACCUACAUACUGUAAUAAUUUUAAGACAUAGAACAAAAGAUGGCAGUGUCAAAGCCAAACUAUUUGAUGCCAAUAAUAAGCAAGAUGUAUUGCUCGUCUUCACAAGUAGUGUUGGUGGUAAGGCGACGGCCGCAAGUGGUGGGCGGCGGUGGUUUUGUGGUUAUGAAUUGUAGCCAAAGAGUUGUUUUUCAAGUGGAUGGUUGUGGGAUCCUUGGCAAAAAGGGGGAGCUGAUUCUUCGAGAUAGCGAUGGAGAUGCCAUUCUUCUCAUCCGACAAUUAAAGGGUGGAUUGGUUCAAGCAUUAAGCAUUCACAAGAAAUGGAAAGGCUAUUAUGAUUAUCGUGGAUUUCAAAAGUCGGUAUUUAGCGUAAAAGAACCAAAUCAAAAUUCAUGCUUUCCAACAAGCAAUUCAGUUAAAAUAUCAGCUGAGCCUAAUUAUGUUGGGCAGAGUAGCGACUGGAACUUUGAAGUGAAAGGUUAUUUCCCUGAUAAAAAUUGCAGCAUUGUUGACUCCCUGGGAAAUAUUAUAGCACAGAUUGGGGUGAAAGAAGAAAUAGAGAAGGCGAUGACAAGCAAAGAUGUGUACCAUGUAAUUGUGCAACCUGGGAUUGAUCAAGCUUUUGUUUUUGGAGUCAUUGCUGUGCUUGAUUACAUUUACCAUGAAUCUACGAGGUGUUAGGCAGCUAGAUUCAGCUAUCAGAUCUUCUAUGUUUUUAAGUGCUUUUCACUCUUGUUGUUUCUAAAAUUUUAAUUAUGCUUGAUUUUA